GGAAAUAUUUAUUUAUAGAGGUGCUUUUUGUGCGACCUGAUUGGUUCAUCGUUUGAUUGGAUCUCCAAUCGGCAGUGAGCAUCCCGCGACACUUGCGUCAUUCCUGGGCGACGCCAGCGGCAGCACCACGAUGGACUACGAAGGAAAGCUCUCGAAGGUUGCAUCGAACCAGUUGGAGCAAAGCAUUCGUGAAUCCGAGAUUGGUCGGACCAAGCACACGGGCCGUGAUGAUCGCGCGACGUCGGAACAGGUGCUCGAUCCGCGGACCCGUAUGAUGCUCUAUCGCAUGCUGAAUCAAGGCAUCGUCACCGAGAUUAACGGGUGCUUGAGCACGGGCAAAGAAGCGAACGUGUACCACGCUGUGCUUGGCAGUGGCGGGGAAGGUGCGAUCAAAGUUUACAAGACGGCGAUCCUUGUCUUCAAGGACCGCGACAAGUAUGUUUCAGGGGAGUUUCGCUUUCGACACGGGUAUUGCAAGUCGAACCCGCGCAAAAUGGUCAAGUUGUGGGCUGAAAAGGAGAUGCGCAACCUGAAACGAUUGCGCGAUGCAGGAAUUCCCUGUCCUGACCCGAUCAUGCUUCGCUCGCACGUGCUCCUCAUGACGUUCAUCGGACAGGAUGGGUACGCAGCGCCAAGACUGAAGGACGCGCGCAUGACCGAGUCACAAGUCCGCAGUGCGUACGUGAGCUGUGUCAAGACGAUGCGCGUGAUGUAUCAAGUGUGCAAGCUCGUGCACGGUGACUUGAGCGAGUACAACUUACUCUACUACAAGUCGACGCUGUACUUUAUCGAUGUCUCCCAGAGUGUCGAGCACGAGCAUCCUUGUGCAAUGGAGUUCCUGCGAAAGGAUUGCAAAAACGUCACAGAUUUCUUCUCCAAGGCGGGCUUGGACCCGAUGUCGACGAUCGAGCUCUUUGAGUUCGUGAUCGACCCCCGCGUGUUGUCGGAGGAGGAAGUCGACGGGAUCUUGGAUUCAAUCCAGCUCAGCAUCGAGGGGCGAUCGGGCACGCGGACGAACGAAGAGCUUGUCGACGAAGCUGUGUUCAUGCAAACGUUCAUUCCAUCGAGUUUGGGUCAGGUGUUGCACUCGGAGCGCGAUCAGUUGGCGUACGCGGAAGGUCGCAUGGAAAAAACGAUCACGUCUGCGAUUUCCCGCCUGGACGUGACUCAGAAACAGCAGCCGCGCUUGAUGGAUCUGCUCAACGUCGAGGAGCUGAAAGACAUGGAGGGACUAGAUGACGACGACGAAGACGACGAGGACGACGAGGACGACGAGGACGACGAGGAUGACGAGGACGGCGGCGACGACGAUGAGGACGAGACAGAUUCUGAAUCGGAAGACGACGACGAGAUCCGAACGCAGAAGGCCGCAUUCCGUGCGGAGCGACGGGAAGAGCGCGAACGGCUCAAGUUGGCCGAGAAACUUGAAAAGAAAAGCAACAAGAAAAACGUCAAAGAAGAAAAACGGGAAAAACGCGCCACGAAAAUCCCAAAACACGUCAAAAAACGCCAUAAAACCCUCGCUAAACAAAAGGGCAAAAAAUAGGUAUAUAGGUUUAACUCAAUUCAGAUGUCGUAUCGGCGGCGGUCGUCCACACUUUGACGGUAGUCGGCGCCAACGUCUCUUGGAGGCACGUUGCAGUCACUCGCAACGCUUCCUCAGCGCCUUCCCCGCGGAGAGAGUGCGUCGGGUGCAUAUAUACAUGCCUUCGUCCAUCGUCAGGCACGAGAUGAAACGCAUUGUCGCUCCACUUGCCCACGAUCUCGCGUGGCCCACGCCAUAAUGCGAUGGUGACAAAGAGCGCUGCAGUCGUCGACGUUUCAACGACAACCUCUACGGUCGAAGCAUUCUGAGACGCGAUCCUUGCAUCGAGUGUGCAUGACCCUGGCUCAAGGAGUAAGUUUUUGAAUGGCGCAAAAAAAGUGAAUUCGCGGCUGGACCCACGGCCAUCCACGGCGACGUCAAGCAUACAGGUCGUGGGAUGGCAAGACGUGUUGCGAAAAAGGUCGGCCAAGUCUUCGUGCCACACGUCACCUCGCGGCUAUUCGCAUGUUUGCUUCCCACAGUUUUGACAACAUUACCGCGUGGAAGUGCUCGAAGAACACCGGAGACAACCAGUGGGCGCCGAACGUCAUCCCGCCGAUCGUCUACGACGGCGACGUGCACCAUGGAUUGGUUCGUGUACGUCACGGUGCGCACUGGUUCAAAGGCGCGCAUGGCUAUCGCAUGAAGCGGUUUCCAUCUACCGUUGGCUUCAAUGCUGGACCAGCUCGGACCCACCCACACGUCGUUGAGCUGCCAGUACAGAAUGCCCAUCACAUGCCACCGGCGCCAUGUUGAGAUAGCUGCGGCGUAGCAUGCGGCUUGUUGCAGCUGCGUCACAUGGAGCCACUUGGUCAUAUGCUCCUGCACGGAGUCAUCCACGUCCUUGACAGGAAGCGCUCCAUCGCCGCCGUGGAUGCCCAGUCCGACGCGUCCGUCACGUCCAGGAGCGCCGACGCGGAUGGAAAACUUUGAAAACCAAACUCAGACACGAAGUUGGCCUUGGUAGUGCACGUCCCUACGGCGCCUCGAAGUGGAGUCCUCGAAGGAUGCAAGGCUGUCAUACCCGUGGGCGACGUCGGACGUAUUGCCCCAUCGCUUGGUGUAGACGGAAGUGUUG